AUGGAAGAUGCCAAAGUUGAAGAUGAGAAGAAUACAGGUUUAUCAUCCUCUGGAUAUCUCGAAUCCCAAAAGAUUGUUUUACCCAAGGACGUUUUCAGAAAUGGCUUUACUUGGUCUUGUUAUGAGACUUUCAAGUCUCUAGCCUUUCGUAUCUGGUUACUAUCAUGGCUACCAGUUACAACAUGGUGGAAAAUGUCCAGUAAUUGGAUUUAUCCUUUUUUGGCUACUAAUCUUCUGAUUUUAUGUGUAUUUUUUUUGCCUCUUAUUCAAAUGUUGUGUCGUAAACGUACCUUAUCGAAACAGCUCACCCAGUUCUCUAAAGAAAUCAUUGCGAAUUCUCCAGGUACUGAUGUCGAAAACUGGGAAACUAUUGCAGCAAAUAUCAACUCAUAUAUGUAUGUAAACAAAUUCUGGAAAACCAAGUACUUUUUUUAUGGUGCUUGGAACUGCCAAGAAGCAUUCAGAUUAACCAUUUUAGAGCCAUUUUCUUUGAAGAAAGAUGACGAUUCAAAGCUCAAGUCAUUUAAAGAUUCAGUUCCUUACAUCGAAGAAGCUUUGGAAGUUUAUUUUACAGAAGUGGAUAAACAGUGGAAGUUAUUUGACACUGAUAAGGCGCGGAACCCUGUUGACUUGGAUGAAGUUCAGCUUCCUAAGGAAACCUAUCGGUUUAAGUUUACUUGGGUUCUCAAGAGGAUUUUCACUUUUCAAUUUUUGCCAUGGGUUCUUUGUUUUUUGGACGCUACCUACACCACAUGGUAUAACCCCCUUCUAUUUCGCAUCUCGUACCUUGGAUGCACUUUUCUCGUAAGUAUGCAAACUUUCCAAAAUAUCCGAGGUAAAUCGAUGAAAAUGGAACAUAAAAUGCAAUACUUAUCAACUAUCACAAAUGAGCAAGAAAUCGGCGCUAAUGGGUGGGAUCAGGUCGCAAAGAGAAUGAACAGAUACUUGUUUAGGCAGAAGGUUUGGAAGAAUGAAGAGUUUUUCUUUGAUGGAAUUGAUUGCCAACGGUUUUUCGAGCGCAACUUCGUCGGUCUUCUAUCUUCAAAGAGGGUCACGUACUCUGGGUCACUAUCUGUUGAACUAUGGCCAUAUAUUCGGGAGGCACAAUCAUCCUGUACCGAUGAGUCUUCGGCGUAG